AUGGCAGAGCAAAAUGCUACAUCUAACUGUAGUGUCACGGAUCUACACCGUGUACGCCGGUUCCUGUGUUUGGGGACAGAAUUAGGGACCUACACUCUUGACGAAAAGAUCAAGCUUGGAAAGGAAAACGCAGAGAGCCUCGUGAGGCUGAUACAUGAUGGGAGGGGCGAGGAAGUGGUGGAAGAGAUCAGCAAGUUUUCCAGGGAAGGAAAAGCGGUGAAACAACAGCCGGUCAUCUUUGCACUCGCCCUGUGUGCCAGAGAAUCGGACGUGAAAACCAAACAAGCUGCUUACAAGGCAUUGUCUAAGGUGUGUCAGACUCCCACUCAGCUGUUUGCUUUCAUCAACUAUGCGGAGACCCUGAGUGGCCAGUCUACGGGGUGGGGGCGCGCCCAGCGCAGGGCCGUGCAGGCCUGGUACAACGAGCAGGACCCCAGACAACUGGCGCACCUGGUGACCAAGUACAAACAUCGGGAAGGGUGGACUCAUAAGGACCUUCUCAGGUUAUGUCAUCUCAAGCCCACCAAUCAAGGAGUUGCAGUUGUCAUCCGGUACAUUGUCAAAGGGUUGGAAUCUGCGGAGAAAGAGUUUGGCACGGAAGACGCGCCAGAUGACGUGAAAAACGUGCUGGCGUUCCUCCGAGCGGUGGAGGAUGUGAAGAACAUGAGGGACGAGAGCGCUGUGGCUGGACUGGUGGAACAGCACAGGCUGGACAAGGAACACAUUCCAACUCAGUUGCUCAAGUCUAAAGAGGUUUGGAGAGCCCUGCUCCAGGACAUGCCUAUAACAUCACUUCUCAGGUACCUUGGCAAGAUGUCUACCAUUGGUCUGCUGGCUCCUCUCAAUGACCAAUCACAGUUGGUCUGUGAAAGGCUCACUGAUGAGGAGCAGUUGAAAAAGGCUCAUGUUCAUCCACUUCACAUGCUGACAGCCCUGAAGCAGUAUGAGAGGGGACGCGGAGACAAGGGCAAACAGAAGUGGGUGCCAGAUCCUCAGAUCAUGGAGGCACUCAACACUGCUUUCUACAACUCCUUCAAGAACGUUGAGCCGACCAACAAGCGUAUCUUCCUCGCUGUUGACUGCGGGCGUUCCAUGGCUUUCAGCGGAGUCAACGGGUCCUCGGGUCUCACGGCCGCUAUGGCCGCGGGCACCAUGGCCAUGUGCGUGGCCAGGACCGAGCCUGACAGCCACGUGUUUGGCUUUACUGACCAACUGGUGCAGCUGACCAUUACCACAGACAUGCGCCUGGACCAGAUCUUACAGAUAGUUGGAGCUACACCAAAAGGAAGAACAGACUGUGUGCUGCCCAUCCAGUAUGCCAAGGACAACAACAUACCAGUAGACAUGUUUGUGUAUCUCACUGACAAUAAAACUGGUACAGGAGAUAUCCCCCCAUCUGAAGCCCUGAAACAGUACCGAGCUGCCAUGAAGAUAGACGCCAAGCUGUGCGUGUGCGCCAUGUCCAGUAACAGCUUCACCCUCGCGGACCCAGAGGAUGCUGGGAUGCUCGACAUCAUCGGAUUAGACAGCCUAGCGCCGCUCGUCAUCAGGAAUUUUGCCUUGGGAGACAUUUAAUGUUGGCUUUUUUAGCGUACAUUCAUUAUCGUCGAGAGAAAGGGUUCUUCUGUCACAAAUAGGAAACAAGUAUAGCAUGAUCACUGCCUUGUUGUUUUAUAUGUUGUCUCAUGUUUGGGAGAAAAUAUAAGAAUAAUUGAACUGGAGAUAUGCUUUUUUUUAUUUCAAUAAUUAAUUUUUACUUUAGUAAGCAGUUGCAAGUUUUUAAAUCUACAACAUUUGGAAUCCAGGUGUUUGGAAGUUAGGACAUGUUGUGUACAUGAUAAAUGGUAUUCUACAAUAAUGCCAAUGCUAUAAAAUUUUUAGAAUGAAUUUUGAAACUUUUCAAGCUGUUUGCACAUUAGUUUAGUUUUAAGUUUUGAUGUGGUUGGUCAACUUAUCAUGAUCGAGAAAAAUCUAUGGUGUGCCAAAUUUUUAAGAAAGUCCUUGAAACAUAAUCAUGUUGCUUUGUUUAUUAAUCACAUGAUACAUGUACUGUAACUUCUCUAAAAUUGGCUUCAUGGCUUGAAUAAGCUAUGUCAACUUGUGUGGAAACAAUGUAAGGUAAGAGUGUUGUUUUUUUCUCCUCAAAGGUAAAUAUUGAAUAACUUUUUAUAUGAAAAAUAAAGAACAGGAUAAUGUAUCAUGGAAACUAAGAGAAUAUGGGUGAACACUUUCAUCAGUUUGGCAAAUCACUGAAUAAUGAAAUUCUUUGUAUACAACCAAGUGUCAAUGCACUGUGUGUGAGUACAUUUCAAACACUGCAUUAACUAGCUAUGUAUGUAAUUUAUGUAAAUACUUAGUGUUUGGGACCACAUCUGUAAGCAGCGCCACCUAUGCUGCAGUACCAUGUGAAUUGCCCUAAAGGAAGGUAACAGUUGGUCACCAAAACAUAGGUUGAACUUGCAAGAAAUACUUGGUUGUGUAAAAAGAAUUUUGUAGUUAUUCUGCUAACAGAACACACUCUGUCAGGGAGUCGGGAACAAAGAAUUGGUGUAUUUGCUGGUCUCCUUUACUUGAGUUUUAAAUGAAUUGACUGAGCGUUCUUUUAAGUACAAUUGUGAUUCAAAAGUAGAGGUAGUAGGAUAUAGUUUGGUGACUCUGGUAUGUAACAUAGAGGUAGCAAUAUGUAGGUCUUUUGAACUGAUCAUUUUUUGGUUGGAAUUGGAAUAUUCUGUCCAAAUUUAAGCAUUGUACGUUGCCAGAUUUUAGCUGAAUUAUGUGCACUGUUUCUUGUGAGGAACAAUAGAUUACCAGUUACAAUGCUUUUUAUGCAUGUUUUAUAAUUUUAAAAUUAUAGGAAUGUAGUGUUGAAAUAAUGGUCUGUGUUGCAGGGUAGUCAGAAUAACAGUUGUAGUGUUGUUACUGGACAAUACUGGAAAGUAAUUUUGGCGAUGCCUCAGGGGCAGAGCCUGUUGUGGUUCUCUGGAUUUGGUUUAAAACUAUUGUUAAGCAUUUGUGUGAGAGCAUAUGCUUGUUGUAACUGACAUGUCUUCUCUGGUGAGAAUUUGAAAAAUUUGAUAGCAAAUAUCACAGGGUUUGGGUGAAGUUGAAAAGCAAAGGGCUGGUUAUUUCCUGUGCAUUACCGAUAUGCUGUGUUUGACAUCUUUGCAAUAUGUCAGACAGAAAGUUGAGUUGUACAUGCUUCUACUUGCUUGUCGCACAUGUAGGUGUCUAUACGUCAUCCCCGAUAUUGUGGAAAUGAAGAUUUCACUUUUAAGUCAGAGAUGUUUGCCACUUAAGCUGCAUUUUAUGAGUUUUUGUUGUUGUUUUACAAGCCCUAGCCUGGAAUUGCUACAAUCUAACCAUACCACUGUCACAGUGGUAAAAUGUACCAUAAAUGCUGAACAUAGGUGGUAUACAAAAACUGAUGUGGAGAGAGUUACAGGGAACAUGUUCACUGGUUACAGUAUUUAGAGUGGAUUCAGAAGGGCUCCCUCUACUUCCCAUGUUCUGAAUUGCAGCUCAGUAAUUUGAACAUUUAAUGAAUUUUGCAUC